AGCAAGAGGCAGAGUAGAAACAAGGUUGGAGAGUGAGUCACAUGCAAGCCAAAAGGAUGGAGGAGCAGAAAAGCUCUGAGUAAGCAGACAGAGAGUAGUCCUCAGAGACAAUGGAGCAGCCGCACAGACAGCCGAGCAGCUGGGAGAACAUGCAGCCCCAGAAGGAGAGGUGGAGAGAGGGAGCUACAGCCUGAGGUUCCAAUGGCUUCCCCGUUCCUGCCUUCAGCCUCUGCUCGUCCUGCCUGCGCAUCCUUCCCUGUGUUCAAGAAAGCAAGCCCCAAUGGAAAGCUUACAGUCUAUCUGGGAAAGCGGGACUUUGUGGACCACAUCGACCUGGUGGACCCUGUGGAUGGUGUGGUCCUGGUGGAUCCUGAGUACCUCAAAGAGAGGAGAGUGUACGUGACGCUGACCUGCGCCUUCCGCUAUGGCCGGGAGGACCUUGAUGUCCUGGGCCUGACUUUUCGCAAGGACCUGUUCGUGGCCAACGUGCAGUCCUUCCCGCCGGCUCCCGAGGACAAGAAGCCCCUGACACGGCUGCAGGAGCGCCUCAUCAAGAAGCUGGGCGACCAUGCCUACCCCUUCACCUUUGAGAUCCCACCGAACCUCCCAUGCUCAGUGACCUUGCAGCCAGGCCCUGAGGACACCGGGAAGGCCUGCGGUGUGGACUAUGAAGUAAAAGCCUUCUGUGCGGAGAACCUGGAGGAGAAGAUCCACAAAAGGAAUUCUGUGCGUCUGGUUAUCCGGAAAGUUCAGUAUGCUCCUGAGAGGCCUGGCCCUCAACCUACAGCAGAGACCACCAGGCAGUUCCUCAUGUCAGACAAGCCAUUGCAUCUAGAAGCGUCUUUGGAUAAGGAGAUCUAUUACCAUGGAGAGCCCAUCAGUGUCAAUGUCCAUGUCACCAACAACACCAAUAAGACAGUGAAGAAGAUCAAGAUCUCCGUGCGCCAGUAUGCGGACAUCUGUCUCUUCAACACAGCGCAGUACAAGUGUCCCGUGGCCCUGGAGGAGGCUGAUGACACGGUGGCGCCCAGCUCAACAUUCUGCAAGGUCUACACACUGACACCUUUCCUGGCCAACAACCGGGAGAAGCGAGGCCUGGCCCUGGAUGGCAAGCUGAAGCACGAAGACACAAACCUGGCCUCCAGCACCCUGCUGAGGGAAGGUGCCAACCGUGAGAUCCUGGGGAUCAUCGUUUCCUACAAAGUGAAAGUGAAGCUGGUGGUGUCUCGAGGAGGCCUGUUGGGAGAUCUUGCAUCCAGUGAUGUGGCUGUGGAACUGCCUUUUACCUUGAUGCACCCCAAGCCUAAAGAGGAGCCCCCACAUCGGGAAGUUCCAGAGAGCGAGGCACCUGUAGACACCAAUCUCAUAGAACUUGACACCAAUGAUGACGACAUUGUAUUUGAGGACUUUGCCCGCCAGAGACUGAAAGGCAUGAAGGAUGACAAGGAGGAAGAGGAGGAUGGGACCGGCUCUCCACACCUCAACGCCAGAUAGACUGGAGCCUGCCCUUCCUCUGGGCAGCUCCAUGUCACUCUUGCACUCGGAUACUUAUUCGUCGUCUUCUUCCCCCUCCCCUUUGUUCUUCCAGUUUCUACCAGGGGGCCUCAUACCCACCAUCACAGAGGGCGGGGGGGGGUUCCUUCCCCAGAAGGUGGUCUUCUAAGUCCCAAUGAUGAGUCUCUGGCCUCAGGACUGGCCCCAUGUCACCAUGCCAACAGGACCACAGCAUACCACCUUUGCCCCUCUCUAGUCACCCGUCCACCCCCCUUUUCAUGCUCACUCCCAGAUAGGUUACUACAGCCCUGGCCUGGAGGAUUUGGCUGGAAAUGGAGCCAAAAGGAGAGGGUGGGACACGAGGGAAACAGUGAUGGUGGGCUUGGGGGUAUGAAGGGAUGGGCAUGGGGCUCAGGACAUGGGAGAUGGUUGUGGUCCCAGGUGGUGACAGUUCUGGCAGUUAGAAGGUGACAGUGUUGAAGGCCACCCUUUCUGGCUGGAGGGGCCCUGCUGUGGUUACAUUCUCCAUGCCUUUAUUGUCCUUGUCCCUGUUUCUUGAUAGUGACAUUGGUGAAGAUGCAUACAGCCCAGGAAUGGAGAAAAAGCAACGGACUUUCUUAUCAGCAGAUAUUCCUAGAUGGAGGCGAGUGGGGUGAACUAUCUUAGAUUUUGGUUAUGGUCAGGCUCUUGACAUUUUAGCUUUCUUGUGUUUGGGGUGUGGGCUCAUCUGUAUACACACACAGAGAGGGCAAACAGCUGCCCUCUCUGUCACCUGCAAACACCAGCCCCAGCACAGUAAACUCAAGCUCGGAGGGAGGUUUCCUGAGGGACUGUUCAGAGGUGGGGCAGGAGUAGAAAGAGGAGAGCCCACCCUACUUCCCUUCCUUGGUGAAGUUAAGAUGACCAUUCAGGAAGCAAGACUGGAGGGCCAGCGGCAACUGGAGUCCCCAUUAGCUCUUUGUUCUCCAAGGCUGGACUGGCUGCAGGCUGGGUGAGAAAGUGCCUGAUACCACCAUCCUCACCAUCAAAGGGGAUCCUUCCCCACAAGGGAGUCCCAGAAGGAAGGCUGCUACUCUUCUUUCCUUGGGGAUUUGAGGAUCCCUCUAGUUCCCAGUGUCAUGGGUGCCCAGUACCCAUUGAUUGGUGUUGGUGUUGAUGUUGGAGCAUUUCCCAGGGCAACAGGACAGGCAAGUGAUAAAAGUAGAGUGUUCAAGGUAUUUAUUUUUGGUCUGGUCUUUGAUGCUAACUUGUGUGGAUAUGAGCACAUUCCUCACUGGAAAACCAAGGAGUUUGACCAGAUGAUUCCCAACUGUCAACUCUGGCUCCUGAAAAACUAUGAGCAUUUCAGCAUCUGGUUUACCAAGUAGAAUUAAGAGCUGCUCACUGCUCCCUACACCUGCAGAAAGGAUUCAUUGGGUGUUAGAGGUAGCAGAGCCUGCCUACACCUACCUAGCCUAUCCUCCAGGCCCAAGAGGGUGACCCGAUGCCAAACUGGAGCCAAAGCCACUGCUCUGGAGCCUAGACAUUGCAAGGACCAGAGCUUGUACUUGCUAAGGCUUUGGUGGGGGUGCUUAUGGUAGGUUCUCUUAAGACUUCACAGUUCCCUAAAAACAUUCUUAAGGCUUAUCCAGGCAAAUGUCCCCCAAUACUUCUCAGCUUAGCACCUCCCAGGGAUGGGGCAUGUGACCAUCUCCCUUGGUGAAAUGACCCAGUCACCAGCCUGGCCCUGCUCCUUCGAAAUCUCAUCAGCAGUCAACCCAAGGGACCCCUUCCCAGCUAGGGGCAGUCACACUCUGGCUAGUUCUGGGGGUCUUAGCUGCAGGUGCCCCAACCCCUGCCAGGGAUUUCUGUGCAGUUUACACUUCACCUGGGCAGCUUCAGAAUAGAUAUCCAACAGCACAUGGCAAUCAUGUGCUAUUCAGUGUCUUCCUCUGAAACCUUUGGGGCUGAUAGGAAGCUCUUUAGCAUUUGGGGUUACCUUGCAAAGCCCUUCUCCAGUGUAUACACAGGGUUUCCUAGACUGGCUUCUUGAACUUUCUCCACCCCAGCAUCCCACUCAUCUUGUGGUUAUAUCCAAGAGUUAACUAAAAUUUCUCUAGUUGUCUGAGCCAGGACUGAACAGGCCUGUGGUCAAAUUGAUUUGAUUCUAGCCUAACCAUCCUUUGCUGACAAUUUCUCUGCUCUGUGCCCAGCAACAGAGACACAAAGAUGGGUCCAUCUCACCCCUUGUUCUUAGAAAGCUUGUAGCUAGGGAGAAGUAACAGGAGGCCAUUUGCAUUUAGGGCUCCAUGGCUGCUGCUGUUCCAUACAGUGCCCUUUCCAGGUAGGUUCAGAUCCAUACUAGAAUGCACAGCCCUAUGAGUCACCUGGGGUGGGUUUGGGUGUCACCUGCCCCUUGGCCAGCUGUCCUCCUACACAGAUGUGGGCCACAGUGCUGUGGCACAUACAGUACAAAGUAGUUUGGGCUUCCUGAAGCAGAGGGCUCAGAGUGUCCUUACAGAUACCACCCAGCUAUGACGGAGUGCUUCUUUGCAGGGCCCCUCUUUGUUCUGGAGUCAGCCUGGAGAGGGAAUACUUUGCUGUGAAGUAUAGGGGUGGAGGAGCCCCACUGGGCCCCAAGCACCAGCCCACAAUAUUGGCACUUUCUGUACUGAGCCUUUGGGGUCCUAUGCCAGCCAAGCAGCCCUACACUGGGACUUUCCAAUGAGUCAUGAGGGUGGCAUGUUGAUGCCAAUCUGGUCAGCGAUGAAGAACAUGCCCUGGGUGAAAUGCCACCAAGCAGAAGGCCAGCUAACUAAGAGAAGAGGUCACUUCCCUAGAAAAAUGAUCAAGUGACUUAGCUGGACCCCUUGGUCAUCUUAGCCUCAAAGCCCAAACAGGAUACAGUGGACUCCUGUGGUUUUUUUGUUUCAAGGAAGGUGGCUGACAAGCUGGUUCCCUCAGUACAGUGACAGGAAUACUGUCCUGCAAGUCCCCAGUGCUACCUCUCAGUCCUGGCUGAUACCAACCAGCUGAGUGGUUUUGAGGAACUUCUCAAGCUGUUUCCCAAACAAGUGCUGCAGAAAUGCUUUCCUGCUUGGCUCAGACCUUGCUGUACAGCCCAGAGGAGUCAGAGGCCAACAGUCUACAAGUUGUAAACCACUGCCCAGGUGUGACUCUGCCACUGUAGGGCAUGGACCAAGGUCACACAGGAAGCCAACCUGGCACUGAGCCCUCACUGCCUACCAGUCUUCAUCUCUCACCUGGCUUCUCAUUUAAGUCAAUGUCAGUCAAGUGACAUGCAGCCUCUGGGCCUGGGGACCCAGCUGGGAGGAAAGUGCCCAACUAUUUAGAAAUGCCUUGCCCAAGGACAGGAAUCCCAGCAACCAGGACUGGACACACAUAACACGGGGGAGAGAGACCUCUUGGACCCUCCCAGGCCUGGAGCAUCUCCCAUCUCUCAGGUCUAGAAACCUUGGCCUUGACCCCAAGUCAGGAAGCUGAGCCUUCGUACCAUGGUUUUAUCAAAUCCCAAACAUGAGAGGCAGUAGAAAUUGCCCAUUUAUUCCCUUCAAAGUGGAAGGCCUCCUGCAGAAUCAACCAGAGCUACCCCAGCUUCCCAGCGACCCUCUGGGAAGACCUUUGGCCCAGGGAAAGCCCAGGCCUCAUGCCCUGACAACCAAGCCUGACUGAUACUCGAAUGUGGUUUCUGUGACCCAGAGAGGCAGCUUCUCUUCUGCCAGUGACUAGAACCUGGGGAUGUCCACCCAUCCAGGAGGAAGGGGCUAGGCCUGAUCUUGAACUCACAGGGUCUCACGGGUACAAGCCUGGGCCUGGGCUGAUAGGUUUCUUUUUAAACUCAAGGACCAAAUGAGUCUCCCCCAGUCCUCACUCGUAGUCUGCCUUUGGGCAUGGUGUUUUAUUCUCCUGGCCAGGGACAGCUCCAUCACUUGCCUGCCCUCCCUCCAGGAUGAAGGGGCCUACCUGUGGGGGCAGAUCCCCACCUCUACCCCUCUUCUGCACAGGGGCACUGCCCACUACCUUCAUAGGGGGGCUUUGUGGAAGGGGAGCACCCCCUCCCAUCCUGCCAAUUUUCUCUUCCACUUUCUCACCCCAAGGUGAAAUAAAGCACAGGUCCCUGGGACCAUGGUCUACAGACAUUCAGUGGUUUUCCAACCAGGUACUGUGAAACCUCUGGAAUCCCACAGAACUUUGUCUGUGGUUGCUACCUGAGGUGAGGGCAAAGGCUGAAUCUCUAGCCCCCCUCCCUCUUCCCACCACCACCACAACUCUGCUUUUCUCUCUCUUGCCUAGUAAGGGUUCACUUUUAAACGUUGCUUUCAGAAAAAAACCUCAAACCAUCAUUCUGAGGCUUGAGCUCAGACCAGCAAGCACAGGUCCUAUUGGAGCAGCUCCAGCUUUCCAAUACAGAAUAUCUUAGAAUUGGAACUUGGGUUCCCUAGGCCCAAGCAUUUGCUCACACACACACAGAGGCACAUGUCACAUGGACCCUUUGAUGGCUUUCUAGCUGACCCACCCUGAAUCUCUAACCUGGAUUGAUUUGGGCAGGGCCUGGUGCUCAGUAAGGAUGGGGAUUUGACCCUGGAUAUUGGCUUAUGCAGGCUGGCAGUUCAUGGAGCAAGAAAACAGGCAUGGUCUCCACCCAGGACUUACAUCUGUGCCCCUGGGUGACACUAACUUCCAGGCCAAACUCUUGGGAUGAUUGGAGGGGGUAGAGUCAGGUUUCUUUUUAUAUAUGGCCAAGUGGACUUUGAUAACUGAAAUCCCUCCCCUGAAGGCAGGAUGCCCUAGAGGUAGUUUCCCAGAGAAUUCUAAAGGAUUCCACUCCCUUAUUUGUGGACAACAGGAGGUGCUUGUGCAUCCUAAAAGAGGCUGGACCUCCUCCUGCAGCUUGUGGAUUUCCCUCUCUGCCCGUCCUUCUGUCCAGGCCUCUGUAUGGACCAGCUGUUGGCACAAAAUCUUGCCUAGUCCCCUCCCCCCAGGGCUGUCUAUGUGGGAAGGUCAAGCUUAUGGCACUGCCAUCUGCCUGGCACUAGAGAAAGAAUGCUAACUGGUAUUUUAUGUUCAGUCAGUCUAAGUGUACCCCUGGGAAUCCUAUUCACUUCCGUUUCUCCAUAUGUAAAGGGGAGUUAGUAUCAGCUUCUGCUACUCCACGGGGGCUGUUUCCGGGACCAUAGGGAAGGAGGUCAUGAGGUGGCAGCAUAUGAGAGGUGGGUGAGGUCCUGGCCUCGGUGGCUGAUCUGCAGAGCCUGGGGAAUGAGUGCAGGACAUGCAUGCUGUCUUCCUGGGCAUCUCGGCUCAGUGCUAAGGUCCAAUCAGAGAUGCUGAGGGGGCCACUUCUUCCUGUGGAGUGGGAACCAGUGUGUAUGUACCUGGUCUAGUGGGGAGGGGUGGCCUUGAACUUGUGAGUCUCCUGCUUCUGCCUCUCCAGGUCUGUGGCCACCCUUCUGUGAAGUGAUUAUUUGUGACACUCUCAUUCCUGGAUCACCUCCAGGUUAACCUGUUACCUGUGGCAUUCCUUUAUUCUGUCAAAUAAGUUAUUAUAGUUUAUUCAAAUCCAACAGGACAAAUGAACAAAAGAAUUGAUAAAAGGUCAUUAAAGAUCUUUUGUGACAGAA